AUACUCAGUUAUAAGCCAUAACAUACUGUUUGUGACAUUUGAUGAUAUGGUGUAUGGAUUGGGAUUUAAUAGUGCGGGUCAGCUCGGGUUAGGACACAACACACCCAUUCAUACACUACAACCAGUGCCUGAAUUAUGCCAUCAAAAUAUACAUCAGUUUAUGAAUGGAGAAGACUUUGUAUUGGCUGUCAAUACGGAUAAUAAUGUAAUAUUCAGUUUCGGUCGCAAUUGUUGUGGACAAUUGGGACGGAAUGUGGAUAGUACAUCACUUGCUAUAACCUGUGAAGGACAGGUGCUUAUAUGGGGUGUGGUAGAUGAAUUGACGGAAAAGGAGAAACAAAAUGUUUUGAAUGAAACGCAAAGUCUUAAGAAGUCUAGAUCUAAUCGAUUCAAUGGACACAAUUCAAUGUUAAUUUAC